AUCCCGGCGUCCCUGAGUCAAGAUCUGCUUUAAAUUCCAUGUUCGUAUUGUACUCCUACAGACGUCAAACUCUUCUUUCUGAUCACAUUAUUAUCAAGUGCCUUGCAUUUGCGGGCAAAUAAUCGUUGAAUUGAAGGCAAGUGAUUAAGCUUCACAAAUUCAAUGGCGGGGAGAAAGCCUGGUUUAAUUGCUUUGUUCGAUGUUGACGGAACUCUUACGGCUCCAAGAAAGGUGGCCACAGCGCAAAUGUUGGAGUUCAUGCAAGAACUGAGAAAGGUUGCUACAGUUGGUGUUGUGGGUGGAUCAGAUCUUUCUAAGAUAUCAGAGCAGCUCGGAAAAUCUGUCAUAAAUGACUAUGAUUAUGUAUUUUCGGAGAAUGGUCUAGUUGCAUAUAAGGAUGGCAAAUUAAUUGGCACCCAGAGCUUGAAGUCGUUUCUUGGAGAGGAAAAGCUCAAGGAAUUUAUAAAUUUCACACUUCAUUAUAUUGCUGACUUGGACAUUCCAAUAAAAAGGGGAACAUUCAUUGAAUUCCGAAGUGGGAUGCUCAAUGUUUCACCCAUUGGGAGAAACUGCAGCCAAGAAGAAAGGGAUGAGUUUGAAAAGUAUGACAAGGUUCACAACAUACGACCAAAAAUGUUAUCUGUGCUUCAGGAGAAGUUUGCUCAUCUCAACUUGACGUUUUCAAUUGGCGGACAGAUAAGCUUUGAUGUUUUCCCUCAAGGUUGGGACAAGACAUACUGUUUGAAGUACCUUGGUGACUUCCAGGAAAUUCACUUCUUUGGAGACAAAACUUACAAGGGAGGGAAUGAUCAUGAAAUUUACGAAUCUGAGCAAACAGUGGGUCACACAGUUACCAGCCCUGAAGAAACAGUGGAAAAGUGCAAAGCUCUCUUCCUAGCCAACCCCUCAGCUUAGGACAGCAUACGGAUUUUCCUCUUGUGAGAAUAAAUAUGUAUUUUUUUAUGAGCAAUUUGAUGCAACUAUUUAGUUUCACCAAUAAUAUAUGUUAUUUGAACCACUGGAAAGGCCUGAUGUAAUGCUAAUUGGAGAAGAUAUUUUUCCAUCCAUUGGCGCCAUCAUUCUUGUAUAAUUGCAGUUCAAUAAUGCUUAUUCAACUUCGGCAUGCCA